UUUUCUUCCUGCGGAUGUGACGUAAACUUCCGGUGGAGUCUCAGCGAUGGAAGGUGGCCGCCGCUGCAGGUUCCAGUGCCCGCUGGGCUUUGAGGCUGUGGCGGGAGGUGACGGUUCAGUGACCGGGGACGCGGAGCUGUGGCUGAUCCAGGCGCCGGCAGAUGUCUCCCCGGAGAGCUUUGACUCCCAUCGUCUCCCGCUCUCCGGAUACAAGAUGCAGAGGGUCAGAGAUGGCGGUGUGAAGAAGUAUUAUCACGUGGCGUCCUCCUCCAGAGCUGCGCUCCCCCUGCGCGCCUUCCUGCAUUCUUCUGCGGACAGACUCGAGGCCGCUGCUCCGUUCUGCGGUGUCAUCACUUUGGCGGAGGCGCACGGAGACCACCCCGGUGUGCGCAGCGUCCCGGAUCGGCCGCCGCUAUCCCUCCCGCAGGGGCUGAAGCCGCGCUAUCGCCCCUUUGGCGCUGUGGCCCCCGGGACCGGGGAGAGCGGAGACACUCAGGUGUCUGGAGGUAUCUCCAGGAAGAAGAAAAAAUCACGGAAGCGGCGAGCGGAGGAGGCGGACCCCUAAUAAAGAUGGCGGCCGGUCCGUGUUACCAGCGUCGGUCACUAGGUGUCGUCA